AUGUUCCAGUGCAUAGUGCAGCCGCGUCCCGACUGGGGUCCGCCCGACGUCGCUAAUGCAUUUCCCGAUAUUAGGACUCAGCUGGCGGAGCAAGCGAAAGCGGUGGAGGGGCGCGCCGACGCGGCGGCCGGCGUCGCGGCCGAGCUGGGCGACUACUGCCGCCGGCGCGCAGAUCUCGAACACGAAUACGCGCGCGCGCUCGACAAGCUAGCGCGCGCCGCAGCCCAGCGCCAUCGCGACCAGCGCCACAAGCGAGAGCAGUGGCCGCUGGCCGGAGCCUACGCUUGCUGGCAGGCCGCCCUCGACGCCACGCGCGCCCUGGCCCGCGAUCACGCCGCGCUGGCGGACCUCUACGGCGGGCCACUGGCCGCACGCCUGCAUCGCGCCGCAGACGACGUGCUCCGUCUGCACCGCAAGUGCCGCGACCUCGUCGCCGAGCGCCAGGAGGAUAUCGCCGCCGCUCUCGCCGAGGCGGCGGCCGCCGGCAAGGCGCACGCUGCCGCAGCGCACGACUGGCGGGCCGCGGCGCUCAAGCUGCGACACGCGCACGCGGCGCGCCAGGCGCUCGCCGCCGCCGACCCGCCGAGGAACAAAAAGAUCAAGGCGCUCGAGAAGGAACUCGACAAGCGUCGCAGUCGACACGCCGAGGCGCGGGCGAAGGCUCUGCGGGCCCGGGCCGAGUACGUGUUGAGCCUCGAGGCGGCCAACGCUACGCUGCAGCGCUAUUACCUCGAUGACAUCGCCGACAUAAUGCUGUGCAGUGAGACCGGCUACGAGGAGGUGGUCGGGCGCGCCGUGCGAUGCGCCGCCGCCGCCGAACGCGCGCGUGCCGCCGCUCUGUCCGGGGCGGCGCAGGCCCUGCUCGCCACCGCCGAGUCGCUGGACGCCGUCGGCGACCGGCAGCGCGUGGUCGCCGCGCAUCCGGCCGCCUUCGCGCCGCCCCGGCCCUUGCCCUACGCGGGCGAGUCCCCCUCGCGGCAGGACGCCGCGAUGAAGGAAUUGCUCGACGGCGCCGCGCCCGACGAGGACGAGGCGGCCGAGGGCCUGCGCCGCGAGCUCGCCGCGCGCCUCACGCAGCUCGAGGCAGCGGCGCGCGCGCUGCGAGCCGAGUGUCGCGAGCACGCCAAGACACUCGACGCCGCCGAGGCGGAGCUCGUCCGCCAGAUGGAGGGGCCCGACGCCUGCUGGGACGUGUCCGGUCUCUUCGGCGCCGCCGCCGCUCCUGCCGCGAAACCUGCGCCGGCCGACGACGACGAGGACGACGCGCCCAGGAAGGAACAGGAGGACUACUACUUGGCCAAGUUCCGGUCGUACGUGUCGUGCGCGGGCAGGCUGGCUCGCCUCGAGAGCAAGGCGGCGGCGGUGCGCGAGCGCCUGCUGGGCGGCGCCUCGGGCGGCGGUCGGUCUCCGGUGGCGGGCGUGCGGCGCGGCGGGCGGCGCGGCCAGUUCGCGGCGCCGCUUGACGAUGGGCUGCCGACGCCGCUCGUGUCCUGCGUGCGAGUCAUCGCCGGAUACGGUCUGCGGCAUCAGGGCGUCUUCCGCGUGUCCGGCUCGCAGGUGGAGAUGCAGGCGCUGCGGGCCGCAUUCGAGCGCGGCGAGGACCCGCUGGCGGACGUGCGCGACGCGUCCGACAUGAAUUCGGUCUGCGGCCUGCUCAAGCUGUACCUGCGCGAGCUGCGGCCGCCGCUCGUGCCGCCGCAGAUGCGGGAGCGCCUCGUGCGCGCCGCCGCCGUCCCCGACGACGCGGCGUUCGCGGCGAGGCUCCGCGAGGAACUGGCGGCGCUGCCGCGCCCGGCGCUGCUCGUGCUGCGCUACCUGUUCGCUUUUCUUGCGCAUCUGGCGGAACACAGCGACCGGAACAUGAUGGACGCGUGGAACCUCGCCAUCUGCCUCGGGCCGACGCUGCUGCCCGCCUGGGGCGAGGGCGGCGAGCAGGUGACGGCCCAGAACCUCGUCAACGAGCUCGUGAAGCGCACCAUCCUGCUGCACCGCGACGUGUUCCCGCAGGACAUCGCCCCGCACGCGCUCUACGUGCCUCCCGAGUCGCCGCGCUCCUCGCCCGGGGAGGACGAGGCGGACGGCGCGGGCGCCGAAGCGGCCGAGACAGAGCCGAGCGACGUCGACGACCUGGACGACGACGACGAAGACGAGGAGCCUCUCGCCGAAGACGACGCGGGGUGCCCGUCGGAAGACCUCGCCCAGGAAUCCAGGUCCCGGAGCGGCUUCGCUCCCGAGCGCGUCGACGAAGGGCAGCCGCGAGCUUCGCCCGCGACCGUCGACGACGUCGUCUCCGCCGCCCUAGCCCCGCCGGGGACCGAAGCGCGGCUGGCCGAGAGCACGCCCGACCUGGUGCUGGACCUCCCGGCGAGACGCCGCGCCGCUGGCCCCGCGCCCUCUGACCCGCCGCCCCCCGCGAGCCCCGUGCCCGCGCGCAACACGCUGCGCGUCGCCGCCAAGUUCGCCGAGCUCACGCUCACCGGGGGCUCGCUGAAGCCCGCCCUCGCCGCCAAGCCGGCCCUGCUGCGCCGUCCGACGCCGCACCCUGCGCGUCCGCCGCCCGCUCGCCCGGCGCUCCCCGACGACGCGGAGGUCUAG